AUGUCUAAACGCGCGGCAGAAGAUUUUGAAAAUGGUGGCGCGUCUCUGAAGGGUGGAGAACGUCCCGAGAAACGCGAUUUGGAUGACGAGGUGGGGGAGUUUGAGGAUGAAUUCGAGGACGAAUAUGAGAGUGAGGACGAGAUUUUGGAGGCGGGGGUGGAUGGACGGCCAGAUGCUGAGAGGGAGGCUGAGGAAAAAGCUGAGGCUAUGGAUGUAGACCAACAGACGUUUAUUGUUGGUAGGAAUAAACUUGGGCCUGGAGAGACACUUGCCCCAGAUCUUUCGGCAUACGAGAUGCUACAUGCGCUGAGUACGCCUUGGCCGUGUCUGUCGUUUGACAUUGUCAAAGAUAGCUUGGGAGAUAACAGGAAGAAUUACCCCGCUACGAUGUAUGCGGUUGCAGGAACACAAGCGGAGCACAAGAGGGAAAAGGAGAAUGCAUUGAUGGUCAUGAAGUUCAGCGGAUUAAGCAGGAUGGAGCGGGAGCAAGAUGAUGAGGAUUCAUCAGACGAUGAGGACGAGGACGCAGACCCGAUUCUCGAAUCGACAUCUAUACCUUUCACGUCUGCUACGAACCGGAUUCGAGCACACCAAUCCCCAGCCUCAGACUCGUCACGGCCGCCCACAACCCUAACGGCUUCAAUGACAGAAGCUGGUCAAGUUCUCAUCCACGACGUUACCCCUCACCUCGCCUCCUUCGAUACCCCUGGCACAGUCAUCACCCCGCAACAAAACAAACCCCUUUCCACCCUCCGCAUGCACAAAGCAGAAGGAUACGCCGUCGACUGGUCCCCCCUGGUCUCAACCGGCAAGCUCGUAACCGGCGAUAACAACGGCAGCAUAUACGUAACCACCCGAACCGCGGGCGAAGGCUGGGCCACAGACUCUCGACCAUUUACAGGCCACACGGGCUCGGUAGAAGAGCUGCAAUGGAGUCCGUCGGAGAAGAACGUCUUUGCUUCAGCGUCUAGCGACGGUACUAUCAAAGUCUGGGACGUGCGGAGUAAGAGCAGAACCGCGGCGCUCAGCGUCCAGGUCAGUGACACGGAUGUAAAUGUUAUGUCCUGGUCGCACCAAACAACACAUCUCCUUGCUUCCGGCGCCGACGAUGGACAGUGGGCUGUAUGGGACUUACGGCAAUGGAAGCCCAACACCUCGUCCUCUUCUCCAUCAAAACCUACACCAGUAGCAAGUUUCAACUUCCAUAGAGAGCAAAUCACGUCCGUGGAAUGGCAUCCUACAGACGACAGUAUUGUAGCAGUAGCAGCUGGAGACGAUACGCUUACGCUGUGGGAUUUGGCCGUCGAGUUGGAUGAUGAGGAGAGUAAGGAUACCGGGGGCGUAGCAGAGGUGCCGCCGCAGUUGCUGUUUGUGCAUUAUAUGGAGAAGGUCAAAGAGUUGCAUUGGCAUCCGCAGAUUCCCGGGGCAUUGGUAGGCACAGGCGAGGCGUUUAGUGUGUUUAAGACUAUUAGUGUCUAG